GCGACGUGGAACGGUUUGACAGGACAGAUCAUUAUAAACAAGACAGACGGUUUGAGGAAAGACUUUGACCUGGACGUUAUCAGUCUGAAGGAAGACGGCUUGGAGAAGGUGAGAUGCAGUACCAUGAUAUACUACACACACACACACACACACACACACACACACACACACACACACACACACACACACACACACACACACACACACACACACACACACACACACACACACACACAAAAACAUAGUUAGCUACAGUUCAUGUGACCAAAGCCCUUUGUAUAUUUAUAAGAGGAAGGUAACCACCACAAAGUGUGCAUUGUAAAUACCAAUUGCUGCAGGUACCUGAAAAUGUUCUUUAAAUGCUCUCUGCUUUCUACCCUUCUUUCUUUACAAGACGAUCGGGGGCAAUAGCCGCCUCAAUAAAGUGUGGAAAAAGGUUUGUAGAGCGGUUGACCCUGUGGUCUGACCCUGUGGUCUGACCCUGUGGUCUGACCCUAUGGUUGACCCUGUGGUCUGACCCUGUGGUCUGACCCUGUGGUGACCCUCUGGUUGACCCUGUGGUUGACCCUGUGGUCUGACCCUGUGGUUGACCCUAUGGCUGACCCUGUGGUUGACCCUGUGGUUGACCCUGUGGUUGACCCUGUGGUUGACCCUCUGGUUGACCCUGUGGUUGACUCCCUGACCUCCAUGUCUGACCUUCGUAGUGUUAUAGUGUUGUCCCUCUCCUCAGCAGGUCCUCUCUCCUUUCCCAACUAUUAGAUCCGUUUCUGUCCUUCCCUUUAUUUACACUCCUACAGUCCACAUCUGAGUUGUCCUGCCCACUCCUACAGUCCUUAUCUGAGUUGUCCUGCCCACUCCUACAGUCCACAUCUGAGUUGUCCUGCCCACUCCUACUGUCCUUAUCUGAGUUGUCCUGCCCACUCCUACAGUCCUUAUCUGAGUUGUCCUACCCACUCCUACAGUCCUUAUCUGAGUUGUCCUACCCACUCCUACAGUCCUCAUCUGAGUUGUCCUGCCCACUCCUACAGUCCUCAUCUGAGUUGUCCUACCCACUCCUACAGUCCUCAUCUGAGUUGUCCUGCCCACUCCUACAGUCCUCAUCUGAGUUGUCCUACCCACUCCUACAGUCCUUAUCUGAGUUGUCCUGCCCACUCCUACAGUCCUCAUCUGAGUUGUCCUGCCCACUCCUACAGUCCUUAUCUGAGUUGUCCUGCCCACUCCUACAGCCCUUAUCUGAGUUGUCCUGCCCACUCCUACAGCCCUUAUCUGAGUUGUCCUGCCCACUCCUACAGUCCUCAUCUGAGUUGUCCUGCCCACUCCUACAGUCCUUAUCUGAGUUGUCCUGCCCACUCCUACAGUCCUCAUCUGAGUUGUCCUGCCCACUCCUACAGCCCUUAUCUGAGUUGUCCUGCCCACUCCUACAGUUCCUCAUCUGAGGUUGUCCUGCCCACUCCUACAGUCCUCAUCUGAGUUGUCCUGCCCACUCCUACAGUCCUCAUCUGAGUUGUCCUGCCCACUCCUACAGUCCUUAUCUGAGUUGUCCUGCCCACUCCUACAGUCCUUAUCUGAGUUGUCCUGCCCACUCCUACAGUCCUUAUCUGAGUUGUCCUACCCACUCCUACAGUCCUUAUCUGAUCUCUGAAGUCCAGAUGUACAGUAUUGGAUAAGCACCCCAUUGACACUGGGAGCUUGUCAUCUUUGAUGUUAAGACACAUAGAUUGCUAAAUUGAUUAACAUUUGAUCUCAGGGUAAGAUCUUGAUCUUCUUAGUAAGAAGAUGUGAUGGUAUAAAACAUUUGACAUUUGAUCUAAGUUUACUGAGAAGACAGUGAUGGUUAGAAGACAGUGAUGGUUAGAAGACAGUGAUGGCUAGAAGAUGGUGAUGGUUAGAAUAUAGUGAUGAUUAAAAGAUAGUGAUUGUUAGCAAAUAGUGAUGGUUAGAAGACAGUGAUGGUUAGAAGACAGUGAUGGUUAGAAGACAGUGAUGGUUAGAAGACAGUGAUGGUUAGAAGACAGAGAUGGUUAGAAGAUAGUGAUGGUUAGAAGACAGUGAUGGUUAGAAGAUAGUGAUGGUUAGAAGACAGUGAUGGUUAGAAGAUAGUGAUGGUCAGAAGACAGUGAUGGUUAGAAGAUGGUGAUGGUUAGAAUAUAGUGAUGAUUAGAAGAUAGUGAUUGUUAGCAAAUAUUGAUGGUUAGAAGAUAGUGAUGAUUAGAAGAUAGUGAUGAUUAGAAGAUUGUGAUGGUUAGAAGAUAGUGAUGAUUAGAAGAUAGUGAUGGUUAGAAGAUAGUGAUGGUUAGAAUAUAAUGUUGUGGUGAUUUACUCCUCUUCAGAUUGGAUUGUGGAACUCCAACAACGGCCUUAACCUUACCGAAAGUCUGAAGGAUACGGGGACUAACAUCACAGAUUCUAUGGCCAACAGGACUCUGGUCGUCACUACCAUCCUGGUAAGUCAAGUCCAGUCAAAUCAAGUCAAAGUUUGCACAUUUAACAGGGGUCACAA